AUGAAGCCGGAGGCACGGGUGGCCUGUCAGGUGACGAUGGCAGCGCUCUUCAUGGCUCUGCUCGUCACCGCCGUGGCUUUUGCAGUGCAGGCUUUUCAGCCUCGUCCCCGACCCUGCUUUCGGUGUCCCUUCGACUGGAUCGGGUACAGAGGAAAAUGCUACUAUUUUUCGGAGGCUGAGGGGAACUGGACAUCCAGCCAGGACAACUGCUCGGCUCUCGGGGCUUCCUUGGCCGUGCUCGACAGCGUGGAGGACUUGAGCUUCGUGAUGAGGUAUAAAGGCAGUUCGGAGCAUUGGAUCGGCCUUUCGCGGGAAGAUGAGGAGCAGCCGUGGGAAUGGGUGAACCGUUCGCGUUUCUCUCACCUGUUUGGGAUCCGCGGCGGCGGCCUCUGCGCCUACUUGACCGACGAUGGGCUCAGCUCUUCCCGCUGCGGUGCCGAGAGGAACUGGGUUUGUAAUAAACCCGAGUCGCAGAGUCCCGGGCAAAACGGGAUGAGACGGGCUCAAAACCUUUGCGUCAGCUCCUAA